CUCAGUGUUUGCAAGUGUUUAAAUUGGUGACAGCCAGUAGUGACGCGCUAAUCAGAGAUGGCCGACCAGUUCGCUUACGCUAAUAUGCAACAAGCUAGUCAAACGGGUUACCCUCCCUUCCACUAUCCGACAGCAAGUGACCAGAAUGCUCAAUUGCUCCAAGGUUAUGCACUUUCUCAACAAGGUAACCCAGCUGCUGGAGUUCCGGGCACUAUGUUUGGAGCACAAUCAGCUGCUUCAUACAAUUUUGACCAAACAGCUGCUUACAACCAAUCUUCGUCGAUUCCAGUUUGCCAAGUAGAUGGUUCACAAGUCCCUAUGCAACCCGCUGGAGGUUUUGCUUAUCCUAAUUUCUCUGGGUCAUUUAACCAGUAUCCUGGAAUGGGGCAAGGGAUGCCUCCUGGAUUGUCAGCUGUUCAAGCAGGCUUCAGCACUGAUAUGCAGCAGUUUGGUCCACUUAUGGCUAAUGCUUUUGGGCAAACAAUGUCUGCCAAUGGAGCAAUAUUGGAGGCAAUAGCUCAUGAACAAGGACUUGCAGGUUUUAAUCCAGUCGCUUUCCUCCAAGAUCCAACUGGCACGAAUGCACGCGGUGGAUUGGGCUCUGGAAGAGGCAGCAGCCAAAGAGGUGGAUAUAACAAGUUUGGCGGUUCACGAUCAGGUUCCAACUUGCCCAGCGUCACUAAUCCCGAUGGACUCCGAGAGGAUACCAUUUUUGUCAGUAAUCUCCCUCAGAAUAUCGACCACGAUGUAAUGAAGUCUCAAUUUGGUGUUGUCGGGAAAAUCAAGAUCAAUUCGAAAAGCGGCAUGCCUAUGAUAUGGAUAUUUAAGGAGAAGGGAAUACCCAAAGGGGAAGCGCUUGUAACUUAUGAAGAUCCGAGUUGUGUCCAGUCGGCUAUUCAAUGGUUUAAAGAGCACGAGUUUUUGGGUAGAAAGAUUGAAGUCAAACAGGCUAUCAACAGUCAAAGGCCAGUUAUUAUUCCGCCUGGAGGUGGUGGUUUGCUCGGAGGAAACGGAAACGGACCAAACAAUCCUGCUGCUGCUCUGGCUGUUGCCGCUGUGGCUGCGGCUGCAAGUGGGAACACUGUAGCCAGUCUAAUGAAUAACAGCGCAGCAGCUGCUGCCAGCCUUGCCGCUCUCACAGCUAACAAUCCCCAACUAGCAGCCCACUUUGACUCCAAAGACUAUCAAGGUAUGGGUCGUGGGGGAAGUACAGCAUCUCGAGGGGCUCGCGGAGCAAUUACAAACGGUUCUUCUGCACGACCUAGCGUCGGUUCGGCUCAAGCUGGUUCAAGAGAAGGUGACUGGAGCUGUCCACAGUGUGGUAAUAUUAACUUUUCAUGGCGCGAACAGUGCAACAGGUGCCAGUCAACUCGUUCAGGUGAUGGAUCUAGUAAUCCUGAUACCAGUUCUAGGAACAACAUAAAUGCCACAGGUCGUGGUGCUCAACCGCCUGUUGCAGUUAUGAAUUCUAACUCUCAGCAGAACGCUCCUGGAUUUGGACGUGGUGGGGCAAUGAAUCCUAAUGCAAGUGCCAAUCGAGGGGGUCGGGGUGGCGGUCCAAUGCGUGGAAGUAGUGUUGGAACAGGUCGGGCACGCCCAGCGCCUUAUUGAGUCAUCUAAAUUUGUUAUUGUAGGAAAAUAUCUUGAAAUAUCCUUUCAUGAUGCAUUUCAGGUCUCUGCAAUUAGUACCUUUGUUGUCUCACUAACUGAAUGGUUUGUGAAAUAUUGUAUUUGAAUUGUGUAAUUAUGGUCAUUUAAUUUAACAAUUGUUCUAAACUCC